AUGGCGUGGUGGCAGAAGCCCAGGAGUUUCCGAGCUGCAGGGCGCAGGCCACAAUCACAGUCCAGGCCAAACACUGCGUUGACGGCUGAAGUUGAGGACUUCUUGCAAGAGAUUUUGAAAGAAGAUGAUGCCGGCAAAGCGAAUCGUGUCAAUGCCGAAGAACAACUUCAGCGCAAUGCUUUGCAGGUCGCGUUGGGCCCUUUGCACAAG